CUCCAUGGUCACACGUUAAUUAAAUUGUUAAUGAGCCACGCCUAAGUGGACACUCCUACCCACGUGUAAAUCCACAAUGGAUGUUGUUAAACCAAAGAAUCAGAGGUCUAAGAGAGCUCUUGAGAAGAGAGCACCAAAGUUAAUAGAGAACCCAAAGACGGCCAUGUUUGUAAGAGGAGGCCACAUCAGUCAAAUUGUCACUGAUGUCAUGACAGAUCUAUGUAAAUUAAAACGACCCAAUGCUGUCUUGUAUAGAAAGAAGAAUGCAACGAGACCUUUUGAAGACCCCACUACAAUAGAGUUCUUCAGUCAGAAGAGUGAUGCAUCUCUCUUUAUGUACGGCUCACAUAAUAAAAAACGCCCACACAACAUAGUGUUCGGGCGUAUGUUUGACCAUCAUCUUCUUGAUAUGAUAGAAUUAGGUGUGGAGCAGUAUAAGCCAAUGAGCUCCUUCACAUCAAUCAAGUCUUCGGUCGGCAUAAAACCGUGUUUGAUAUUCUCGGGAGAUUCUUUUGAGACCGAGCCAAAUUAUGCAAAAUUGAAGAACCUAUUAAUAGAUUUCUUUCAUGGCUCUGAUGUGGAGAGGGUUGAUCUAUCAUCACUAGAAACAGUCAUUACUUUCACUGUCUCUGAUGGGAAGAUAUUCAUGAGAGUCUACCAUAUAGCUCUUAAGAAGUCAGGUACAAGAACCCCCAGGGUUGAGCUAGAAGAAAUGGGUCCCUCACUGGACUUGGUCCUCAGGCGAACACACAUUGCAUCCUCAGAAUUAUUCAAACUAGCUACUCGUAGGCCCAAGGCACUAAAGCCCAAAAAGGAGAAGAAUAUUUCCAAGGAUCCGUUUGGUUCUAAGCUAGCUAGGAUACACAUGACAAGACAAGACAUGAAACAACUCAAGACCAGACGAGUGAAAGGACUCAAGAGAAAAAGAGACACAGCCCAAGAAGAAGGAGAAGGAACUGAGAGCAGUCCUAAAAGACAGAACUAAUCUCCCUUUCUUGUCAUUAAUGUUGUAAUUGUUUUCUUUAAUUUGUUAUUGUGUAGUGCAACUGGAA